AUGGAGCCUUUCUUCUACUUUGGUAUGAUGUCCCUCCUGUCAGUGUUGGUGUCCUGUGAUCCUGUUCCUGAUGGUGUUGUUCACAUGGAGUGUCAUGAGCGUUACUUCAUGAUAGCUGUGGAUCGCUCUUUUGCUGGGGAUGAAGCGCGCUUUGAGGCUGUCGGUAAGCCCUGCAUGAUAUUAAAGCAGGGAAACACGAAAGACAGGACCGGCGUGUACGCCAUCACGAAGUCGUAUGCAGCCAGUUGCGGUUACAGCAUCGCUGUUGUUCCGUCAAGUAGCUGCAUAGAGCUUCGUGCGUCUUACUUCAGCUGCCACACGGCCAACCAGGAUGAUCAAGUGUUCACGUUCAGCUUCAACCUGCUGGCGAGGUGCGAUGGUGCUGAGGUGGUCUAUGCUCUAAAUAAGACCUGCUUGCCCUUGCUGCAGUGGUCUCCUCGAGAGGUCACCUGUGAGGUCAACUACAUGGAGGUGUCUGUGAGGAGUGAAAUCACAUGUGCUGCUGGGACACGGAAGGACGACUGGAACACUCUCACAACUGCACACGCCUCAGCCACUUCAGACUGGCAGGUGAUGUUCCAGAACGAUGUGGAGCAGAUUGCACCUAUGAGCCUCUCAGAUGCUCGUGAGCGAGGUUACGUGUUUGAACUGACCGACGGCAGGCUGGUCUUCCGUGCACCCUACGGACAACCGCACGCCUUCAUUUCCAUGGUGAAUGGCAUCCCUGUGGAGGUGGUCCAUGCUACGCUGUUUUCCAGACAAAGCUGGUUUGUCAUCAUGGUGGACCUGCUGACCACCUGCUCCAUACACGAAGGCACUUUUGAGGACGGUCAUGUGGUUUUUGAGACCCCUGAGGCACUAUACCCUGGUCCUGAUGCUACACGGCUCUUUGUUGGACUGAACAGUGAACUCCUCGAGCCUUCAGUCUUUACAGAUAGAGAGGACAUCGUGAUUAAGAACAACACUGUCCAGAUCCGAAUCCCCUUCAACAUGGAUGGUGGGCACAGAAAGAGCGUUGCAAGCGGUGACCUCUACGAGUUCUUCACCUUCCAUCUCCACAUGGAGCAGCUCUUUGACGAUGAGGAAGAGACCAGGCUCCGCCUUCACAGGAUGCUGGUCACACCUCUGCUGCUACACCCUCUGUUCACCCAGAACCAGACCGUGGUGGAGGAACACAUGUUCACAGUUUACCUGGGCGACAUCCCCGAGGAUGUGGAGUUGUUGUCUUUUCAGCUCAAUGGACAUGAGAUUCUGUGGCCUCUUGCCAACACCAGCUCGUACACAAUCGUUAACGUUGUCCAGCCAAACCAUCAGCAUGGUUACAUGCUGAAGGUGCCUUUUGAUGACCCUGCAGUUUCACAGGAGUUCUGUGCCUUCCAUAGUGUGAAGUACAGUCUGGGCAUAAACUACACUCUUCGCGUUCUCCCUGAAAACGAGCUCUGCUACCACUCCGUCAGUGUAUCUGCACUAACUGAUGUCUCUCCUCCAGUCCUGGAUGCUGCUUGCUCCGAGACUGGGAUCACCUUCAGAGUGGACCACAGGCCGUUGGACUUUCUGUGGUUCUUCAGUGUGGGUUCAGAGGAGCUGACAUCAGAGCUGGCUGCCCAGCGAGGCUACAGGAUGACAAACGACAGCCACGCGCUGCAGGUGGUUGUGCCGCUCUUCACGCAGGGCUUCCAGUAUGAGGGAAUCACUUUGAAGGGCUUCUUGGGCACUUUUGAGAUCCUUGUGAAAGAGCGUCAGACAUCAGCUGUGCAGAGGUCCAUCACAAAGACUUGUCCCUUCACCUCCUCUGAAGUCAUUGCGUGUUCCAUGGAUGGAAGGAUGACUGUGCUAGCAGACUUGUCUCUAAUCACACCGAGUGGUGCCACUCCAUCGAGCAGCAAUCUGCUGGAUGUCUUCUGUUGUCCAGUAGAGGCUGACAGCACCAGGGCGCUUUUCUCCUUUCCACUCAACAGCUGUAGCUCCAAAGUCAAGCUCUACAAUGGAGAAGUAAUCUAUGAAAAUGAGAUUUUCUACUACAGCAAACAUGCUAGUGAGAGGGUGGUGGUGCAGUGCACAUAUCCUCUGGAUGGCCUCCACAGGCUCUUCUCCAUGCACAGGUUUGAGUCCGACAGCCCAGGCAGUGGUAGAAUCAUCCACAGCAGUCAGCCCACAGCAGCUCCACUCAGGGCCACUACAGUUCUCCAAACGAGAGCUCCUGCACCCAUGAGAACAAGCGGGGAUGCAAACGCUAAGCUGCUGGCCUCCUAUGGCAAUGUUCGCUACUUUAGGGUGUUGAAAAGUAGAAAACCUCACCCUGACAGAAGGAAAGGUCUCUUCUUUCAAGCAGUAAAACGGGACUUUCGUCACAGGGGCUGACGUGGCAACAUUCAAAUGAGAUUUUUUUCUUUUAAAGAAAUAAAAGUAAAGCUAUUU